UCAAGUAAAAUGGCGGGUAAAAAGGCCGUGAAGGAGCUGUCGGACAUGGAGUUAAUGAACGAACUGAAGUCUUUAGGUAUAAAAACUGGACCAGUUACUCCGAGUACAAGAAGGGUUGUUGAAAAGAAACUCUUGAAAGCCCGUGGUACUGACCUAAUCGACAGCAAUUAUGAAAGUAAGGACUCGGGAAAAAGCGAAAAUGUUUUCGUGGAAGAAAGUACAAAAUCUACUAGAGAGAGUACAAGUAGCACUUCGAGUGUAUUAGAAAGCCCUGCGAUCUUCUAUGGAGUCUGUUUUGAUGUGGAUCGUUCUUCUUCGGAGAGUGCGUCGCCAAGCCUCCCGGCUGUUUCCCCGGCUGUGUUUACGAGUAAAGACGAGGCACUGAAGAUGGCUAAGAAGGUGAGGGGUGCUCGCUUCAAAGGCUUCAAGACCAAACUUGAAGCUGAACGUUUUGCUCGAUCACAUUUCCAAGAGCAAGAACAAUCGCCAGCUCCCAAAGAUCCAGCUAGUAACUUCAAAACUCCAACACCUCAAAAGCUGGUUACAUUUCGUACGAUAAUUGAACGAGGCACGAAGGAAGAAUUUCAAGAGGUAGUUUUAAAAAAUCCCAGGUACCUGAUAGGACCAGGUGACACUCCGGUGAUCUUACAAGAAGGAUCCCGUUACAAUGCUCUUCACGUGGCCGUGAAAAGCAACAGAAAAGAGAUGUGUCAGCUGAUUGUCCAGACUCUAGAGAGUGAUCACUUCUGGAAUAUUCUUUUAAAUCAAGAAACUCAGUCUGCAAUCAACAGCCAAAGAAAGCAAUUUCUGGUGGACAUGUAUCUCAAUACGCCAGACAAAGGGACCUGGGAGACGCCGUUACAUUUUGCAUGCAAAUAUGGCAAAGCCGAUAUUGUUGAGUAUCUUGUGUCUCAUCCCUUAACUGACAUCCAGCGACCAAACAAGUACGGAGAGACUCCUACAGAGGUGAUCUGUUCCAGAUGCUCCAGUGCAAGUUCUGAAUUAAAGUCUCAAAUAAAGAGCCUUCUUGAAGACAGCUUCUAUAUCCCACUGCUUGGUACAGUGGAUAACUCCACCCCACCCUGGAUAGGAGGUCCAUGGUCACCAGAGAUUUCAGGAGACAGAAUGACCACAGAAGGGGGAUUUUCUGGAAGUGCGCUUAACACCUGGAAAGAAAGAAACAGUCCUGGGGAAUUGCCAAUUACUGUGCGUGCAUAUGCUGGGCCAAUGUCUCCCUCAAAGGUACUGUAAUAUAGAACCUACACUCAGACCAUCUUUGUAGUGUUAGUAAUACCUUUCUUUUGAAGCCCAGUGGCCCACACAUUUAGGCUUUAAACUUUGAUUCCCAUGACAUAACAAAAAGGAUUCUCACUCAGUGCAGAUGACACCUGGCAUUUAUGUUAGGUAUUUG